AUGAAUGAGCUGCGGAAGCGAGCAAUUGUUACUUUACAAUAUGAUCUAGUUAACGACACAGAGACGAGGAUUCAAGACUUAAAUACCUUGUACGGUGUUUUCAUUCUGUUGUUUUCAAAAAACUAUGCUUCAGCUGAAAGCUUGGAUAAACUCGUGACACUCAUGGAGUACCAGAAAGCAAACGGCGUCCUAAUUAUUCCCGUUUUUCUUAAAGUGACACCUUCAGAGGUUCAUGAUCCGAAAGGGUUUGUUGAAGCAACUUUUUCACAACUUGGCAACUCAGUCCAGGGUGCAGGGCGAGUUCAGAAAUGGAAGGAAGCGAUUAAUGAAUUAGCUCACACUGAUGACUGUAAAUGGAUAGCGGGGGGUAAAUCUAUACUUCCCGAGGAGAUAGUUAGAUAUGCGUGCUUGAGAUUAUUUUCCAUCUCUUCCCAGAACGUGACUAGAAUGUACUCGUUGCUUAACAGCUUACAAACCUCAGACACGCAAAUGGUUGGGAUUUGGGGUAUGCCUGGCAUAGGUAAGACAAGUGUUGCUAGAGAAAUAUUCAGAAGACUGGCUCCAGGUUAUGAUUCAUGCUACUUUCUACAAGACUUUCAUCUAAUGUAUCAAACAAAGGGGUUGAGUAACCUGCGGGAUGAGUUAUUCUCUAAACUAUUUGGGGAAGAAAAACUUGUUAUAGAUGCUUGUGAUACAAAACCAAGUUUCAUGAAGAACAGGUUCCAGAAUAAGACGGUUCUUGUUGUUAUUGAUGAUGUGAGUAAUGCUAGAGAUGCAGAAGCUUUAGUUGGAGGGUUUGAUUGGUUUUCUGGUGGACAUUUAAUCAUCUUAACCUCUAGGAACAGGCAGGUUCUUGUACAGUGUAAAGUCAAAGAGUUAUAUGAGAUUCAGAAAUUAUCCCAAUCUGAGUCUUCUCAAAUUUUGUCUCUGUCUCUCCUAGGACAAUACGAGUCCAUGUUGAAUUCAGAGUUUGUGAGGUAUGCCAGUGGUAUUCCAUUGGUUCUCAGAGUUUUAGGUAUGUUUGCAACAAACAAGUGUACAGUCAGUGAAAAAGAACAACUCCAAAUGUUGCGCCAAAGUCCUCCAACUGAGAUUAUGGAUGCAUUCCGAAGAAGUUUUGAUGGCCUGAAUGAAAACGAGAAGAAUAUAUUUUUGGACCUUGCUUGUUUCUUCAGAGGGGAAAACAGAAAUCAUGUGACACAAAUACUUGAUGGGUGUAGUUACUUUACAGAUUUAGGAAUUUAUAGUCUCAUCGAUGAGUACCUCAUUGAACCUUUAGACGAUAAGAUAGAAAUGUCUAACGUGUUCCAAGAUAUGGGUCGGUUUGUUGUUUGUGAAGAAAGCAAAGAGCCAGGAAGGCGUAGCAGAUUGUGGGAUGCUAAUGAAAUCACUGAAGUAUUGACAAACAACUCGGGAACUGUAGCAGUAGAGGGCAUAUUUCUAGACAUGUCUAACUUGACAUGUGAGUUAAGUCCUACUAUAUUUGCGAGGACCUAUAGACUUAGAUUGCUAAAGCUCCACUGUUCAACUUCUGGAAACCGUGGCACCAUUUGUCUGCCUAGAGGCCUAUACUCUUUGCCUGAUGAACUACAACUACUCCACUGGGAAAGUUACCCUCUGAGAUCCUUGCCACGAAGCUUUAAUCCUAAAAAACUUGUGGAACUGAAUAUGCCGAAUAGUAAGAUAGAGAAGUUAUGGAAAGGGACUAAGAAUCUCGAGAAGCUGAAGAAGAUUGUACUGAGUCACUCCCGACAGUUAAUUAAGAUCCCGAGGCUUUCAAAGGCCUUGAACCUUGAGCAUAUUGAUCUCGAAGGAUGUACAAGCCUGGUGAAAGUUAGUUCAUCUAUCCAUCAUCUUAGCAAGCUUGUUUUCUUGAAUCUUAAAGACUGCUCUCGUUUACGAAGUCUGCCUGCCAUGAUUGAUAUAGAAACUCUUGAAGUUCUUAAUCUAUCUGGCUGCUCAGAUCUCAAGGAAAUUCAGGAUUUCUCACCAAACCUGAAAGAGCUAUAUCUAGCUGGAACUGCCAUAAAAGUAAUGCCAUCUUCCAUAGAGAAUCUCACUAGACUUACUACACUAGAUUUGGAGAAUUGUAAUCAACUUCUGCACCUGCCACCGGGGAUUAGUAACUUGAAAGCUAUAGUCACGCUUAAGCUUUCUGGCUGCUCAUCACUGAAAAGUCUUCCAAAUCUUGAUUCCAAAUUUCUAAGAGGCUUGGAACGUCUUAAUACGGAGACAACAAAGGAAGUACCUGAGCCCUUGGUACGUCAUUCAGCUAUUCAAAAAUCAAGAUUGGAUGACUGUGAAAUUAUUGAUAAGUUGCAGUUAAGAUCAGAUAUUCCUGAUUCGUGUUUAAACAACUCUGCCAUACAAGAGUCUGUAGCUACAUUUGUAUAUCCAAAAAUUGGCGGGAUUCAGCAACCGAAGUGGCCAUGGUCCACUACCACACUGCAGCUCUUGUCAAUGUUUCACUUCUUGGGAUCAAGAUUGUACGCCCUAGUAUCUUUGUGCCUUUCUAACGCAUGCUUGGUGGAUAUACCCAAAGAUAUAUCUGAGCUUCCCUCACUAAACACAUUGGAUCUUAGCGAAAACGGUUUCAGCAAAAUUCCUGAGAGUAUCAAGCUCCUCCCUAAACUACAUAGCCUUAGAUUGCGCCAUUGCAAAAACCUCAAAUCCCUCCCAGAGCUUCCCCAAAGUCUAGUAUUUUUGAAUGUGCACGGUUGCGUGUCUAUGAAGUCAGUUCCUUGGAGCUUCGAACGCCUCCACUGCACAUUUAGUAAUUGCUUUAAUCUGUCUCCAGAAGACUUCAGAAGAUUUUUAGCAAAAGCUUUGGGUAUUGUUAAAAUCAUGAACAGAGAGCAACACCAGAAACUCAUCACAGUAACUGCAUUCAGAAUCUGUGCGCCUGCAUCUGUGAGUCUGAAAUGCUCAACUGAUGUGCUUGCACCUGGAAGUCUGAAAUCCUCUGUGCAAAAAGGUUCUUCUGCUAUGAUACAGCUAACUUCUUCCCUAAGAAAGACCUUUUUAGGCUUUGCUAUGUCAGUUGUAGUCUCAUUUCGGGAUAAUUACUACAGUGCUGCUGGUUUUAGCAUCAGGUGCACAUGCAUAAGGAAAAUGAUGAAUGGUCUCUCUCAUAAGCUAGAGAAAGUUUUUCAGUUUUGGGGUCCUAAGGAAGCUUCAAAGAUUCAAAAUGAUCACAUAUUUUUCUUCUACGACGCGAUAAUUCAUUUUGAUGUCAGAAUAGGGAAAAACCGUUACAUUUUUGACGAUCUACUUGAAUUUGAAUUCCGUCCUGUCAAUAGCCAGAACGAGGUUUUAGCUGAUAGUUGUGAAGUAAAGAAUUGUGGAGUCUAUGUGAUUGCUGAUGCAAGCGGUGAUACAAGUCUAGUUAAGAAAAGAUUUACUCCUACUAAAAGAGAGAGAAGUGGAAAGAGGCUAAUUGCUUCAGCUAUGGAUCCAAGAGGCUUUUCUUCACAUCCGGAGCCACAGCUGCGAUUUAAGAGAGGUCGGUAUAGGAAAAGUGUUGAAUCUGCAAUCCUGAAGAUUAGAAAAAGGAAACGAGACUAAGAGUUUCUAUACAUCAAACCAAAGGUACAUGCGCGGUGGAAGACUUUGAGUACGAGAAGUGUUGAAUCUGCAGUCCUGAAGAUAAGGAAAGGAAACGAG